GUUUCUUGGCAUGCAGAUGAUGAAAAGAUUUAUGGUCCAACUCCCGAAAUUGCUUCGGUUUCGUUUGGAUGAAUUGUUUGUUUCUCUGAAAUUUGUGUUAUACAGAAGAAAGGGUAUGAAGGAAGAUAGAAUAAGCCAAUUACCAGAUGAUUUGAUUUGUCAGAUACUUUCUCAUCUUCCCACAAAGGAUGCUGUUAGGACAAGUGUGUUGUCCACCAGAUGGACAAAUCUCUGGCUUUGGCUUCCUUGUUUGGAAUUUUCACUUUUUGGAAUCAGAAAACGCACUCCCUUGAGUUUGGCUAACAGGUUUUUCGAUUCCAGUAGGGUUUCAUGCAUAGACAAGCUAAAGUUAACUUUUACCAAUGUAUAUUCAGACAUAGUAGACGGUGCCUCUUAUCUUACGUCAUGGAUUGAUGCUGCAGUUAAGCGUAGGAUCCAACAUUAAGUGCCAUGUAAAUGAUAUAUAUCGUUUUGAGAUCCCCUUGAGCCUUUAUAUGUGUGACACACUGGUAUCCUUGAAACUUGAUAAGGUGGCAUGGGCUAGUGCUGAGUUUGUUUCCUUCCCUUGUUUGAAGACUAUGCAUUUACGCAACAAUACGUUUCUUAAUGAAGCCGCUUUCGAGGCACUUGUCUCAUGUUGUCCUGUCUUAGAAGAGUUAGAGAUUACCGGAUUUGAAGAUUUUCCAAACGUACAUAGGGUGCAAUCUCAGUCACUGAAGAGGCUCACUAUCAGACGAUUACUGACUAUAGAGUUUGAUUAUGUUCCUGAACUUGUCAUUGAUGCUCCUCUACUAUGUGGUUUGAAAAUCUUUUAUUUAGCAGCAAAUAUCAUUAUAACAAACACUCUGGAGUCCAUUGCCAAGUUAGAUAUUAAUCUCAGCUUUGGUUUUGAGGGUUCUGACGAAGAAAGCGUUUCAUCCAAGAGAAGUAACAUCCGCAAUUUUCUGUCCAAGAUCUCGAGGGUCAUGGAUAUGACGAUAUCUUCUUCCCACACUUUCAAGGUCAUUCAUCAGUACUCCAAAUUAGAACCGCUGCCUCAAUUUGGUUACAUGUCACGCCUGUGCCUCGAUCUCCAUGCAUCCGAACUGAAAUGGUUGACAACAACAUUUCUUGAGAGCUGCCCGAAUCUGAAAUCUCUCGUUUUGGCAACUUAUGAAAGUGAUCUGCGCUCUGAGGAUAUGGAUCAGAUCAGUUUUUCAUCUGUGCCCAAGUGUUUGCUAUCAUCUCUAGAAUCUGUUCAUUUCGAAUUCAGAUACCUAGCCGAAGGAUAUGCUGUAGUAUUUAAGCUAGGGAAAUACUUCCUAGAGAAUUCGGUAGUCCUCAAGAAGCUCCAUUUGCAUUUGUUAUAUCAUCCAAGAAGAGAUGACAUCUUCCAGGAAUUCCUCAGAUUCCCUAGAGGCUCUACCGAAUGUGAGGUUGUCGCGUCCUUUGAUUGAUAGAAGAUUAGAGGUUUUACGAUUUUUGUGUAGAGAUAACGCUAAUAUGAGUAGUAGUUUGAUGGUUGGUUUGGCUUUUCAGAUGAUAUUGAUAUUUA